AUGACACUCCAACAACCACACUUUCAAGGACCUCUAGCGAGUCUGGACGUAACCCAUGUUCUCUACGACGACAGCUCCUUCACUUCCUUCGUACUCGCGCUCAUCACGCUCAGUCCCAUCUUGUUAAUGCCAGCUUACGCAGCGCUCGCCUACCAAACCCGCGAAUACAUCAUAAUCGUCAUGUGGAUUGGGCAGUUCUUCGGUGAAGGACUGAAUCUGGUGAUCAAGAGGAUCGUGAAGGAGGAGAGACCUAAUCUAAAUAUCGGCGACGGCUACGGCUUCCCCUCCUCACACAGCCAAUACAUGGCCUACUUCACAACCUUCCUCUACCUCCACCUCUUCUUCUCCCACCGCUUCACCUCAACCGGCUCACCCCUCCUCGACAGACUAUGGCGCACAACCGUGUACGGAGUAUUAGCAAUGUGGAUGGGGGUAGUCGCCUAUUCCAGAUACGCACUCGGCUACCACACACCCCUCCAGAUCUUCUGGGGUCUGGCGAUUGGUUGCGCGUUGGCAGUGGUGGUGUACACGCUAACCCAGUUGGUACCGUCGAGGUAUCCAAAUUCGGUGCUUGGCAAAACAAAACGCUUCAUCCUCACAAACCCACUCUGCACCUGGCUCCGCAUCCGCGACGGGUGGGAAGUAUGGGGCGACGCAGGAGUCGAAGACGCGUGGUGGAGAUGGCGCGCGCAAUGGGAGAAGAAGAUGCGGGAGAAGGGGGUGGAUGUAGGCAGUGUUGCUGGUAAGGUGGAUGGGAAGGAGGAGUAG